CUCUCCUCUCCCCUGCUGCGUGAAAGGGACGCCACCAAACCCACUCCAAAACCCUCCUCGGCCCCUCCGCACGAGCCGAUCAUGGCCACCACCGCCGCCGCCGCCCUCCGCCUCCUGCGCCGCCGUGCACCGUCCCCGAUGCUACGGUCUCUUUUCCCUGGGCCGCAUUCCAAGGCCACCGCCGCCGCCUUCCUGCCGACCGUCUCCCGCCUGCACGUCGCUCCGCCCCUGCCGCAGCCGUACCUGCUGCGCCGCUACUCGAGCAAGGGCACGGACGGCACCGCCGGCACAGACAUCCCUGGGACCGGCCGCAUGAAUCAGGGCAUUGACGAUACCACCACCACAGACGACAUCCCCUGUGCUUGCCUUAAGAAUGGGUUAAAGGUCGUUGGACAACUUGAAUUGCUGGUGGAUGACUUGCUUGAACAGCACAAGAGGAUGCAUAAAGCUGGGGCUACCUGUCUGGAAGCUGUUCGUAUGAUGAAUGAUGACCCUGACAAUGAGAAGGCUUCUGCUCUGUGGGAGGAAGGGUGGGAUGACCUUAUGAGAUCUGCUGCUAUGUACAGAUAUUGCAUUGAUGGCAUUGCUAAAGCUACUGCUAGCAUUAAGGGGACUCCACUGGAUGGUGUGCUGAAAGAGAAUCAGGUGUGCUCUGAAUUUGUGGAGGACUAUGCUAGGACUGCGAGAGAGUCCUGUACAACAGUGGAGGACUUCCUCAGCACCUCAAGGAAUUACAUGAAGAAGAUUUCAAGUGAACGCGAGAAAGUCAAGACCUUGCAGAUGAUUUCCAAGGGGCUUGCUACUCUUACACUGAGGAUAUCCCUGUUAGUUCUUCUGCCGUUGAUGGGGUUAUAUCUAGCUGGCACCUUCAGCUAGAGUACCGGCUUAUGUGCGGAGACUAACUGUAGCGUUGAAGGUCCUUCCAUGUUCAGUUGAAGAUUUUGUCAUCGGCUCUUCUUGCUCCAAGCAUCCAUGAGUGAUCAAGCGCAGCUCAGUAAGUGUGUUAAGCACUGCGUGAACCACAGACUAAUCCAGGAGUGUCAUUUGCAGGCCGUGGUCAUUUGAACUGUUAGUACCUUGUAUUUAAGACCCAGCUAAGAUUUUGCGACUCUAUUGGACAGGGAGGAAACUUUGGAUGUUGAAUUUGCUAGAAUCGAUUGGCUCUACUGUUGCCUGAAUGAAUCUAUAUGAAUUUGGGAAGUCAUGCUUUCAUCUUU